CGUUCGACGUCGUCGGGAAAGGAAUCGUGGCGUGCGUCAAAGUGCAGCUCUUAGUGCGGGUCCUUGAAAUCGACAACAGUUGUUCAAAAAAUACAAGUGGAGGUCGCGUGUCCUCAAUGUUCCCCGCGUAACCAUGUACAACUUUGUGGAUAACUUUCUGAUACUGCUCCACAACCUGAACGUGUUCUGCGCCGUUGUGAUGGAUAACGUUAACGGAUCGUGUCAGCUGAUCGGCGCCACCGCCCAGGACUGGAUGCAGCGGUUCGUCCGUAGGGUGACCCCCAGCACCACCCGGCGCACCAAAUCCUUCGACGACAGCGCGUGGAAAUCCCAAAAUCGGGACGCUGCCCUACAACACUUCCCAUCGGCCGUUUCAUCCGUUGCUCUAUCGUCAUCGGAAGACCCCUCUACCGAGCCCGACUUCAGUUACAGCUCCACGGGCACCACCACCAGCAUCAGCUGCGGCGGUGGCCUGGACGAUAUUCUAGUAAUCGAAAGUGAAAGUGCCGACCCGUCUGGGAGCUAUUCUCGGUGUGGAACCCUUAGCCGGGGCGAAGUCCGCAAAAGCCGGUCCAAAAUGAAGAGCUACCUCAAACGCUGCAAGGAUGCCCUGAUUGGGCCAAGUCCGCAAACGGAGGACACGUGUCCAAUCACACAUCACGAAGCGAUCGUCCAGCAUCAACAGCAGGACCAACAACAGUCCCAGCUUCCUCCGGCGGUUCCAAUUCCGACCGCCAACUGGUAUCUGGACGAUCAGCUGUUCGAGAUACGGCCGGAAGAUAACCGAGAACCGUACUCGUCGUUCGCCUCGGCUAGGCUCAAGGAACAGCUGGAGAGUGAGGAGCAGCAGCAGCAGCAGCUUGAGCAAUUGGGUCAUGAGAAGCAAAUCGACCAACCAUUGGCCAAAGAUGGUGAUGAUCCAUUGGAUUUCGUGAAUGAAAGUGGUGCCGGAGGUGGUGGAUUGGAACCAGCUCGCGUUCAGGGAUCACAGGAUCGUCCCCUGUCGCUGCCGGUGGGCAUCAGUUCGUGCAAUUUAUCAUCGAAUGGUAUUGAGCAGCUGAUAGACCAGCACUUUGGGCUUCUGUAUCCCGACUACGCGGACCACACGCGGCCGGUGCUGGUCCGGCAGGCCCGCGAUCUGGCCGUCUGCACCUACCACGGCGAUCUGGAGCGGUUCGAGGAGGGCUUCCUGCGCCCAGCGGCACACAUCGUGAGCGGACUGAGGGCGGCCUAUCUACAGCGAACGGACCUCUGCUGGCACAGCGGUUGGCCUCUAGCCGUCGCCGGAGCCCUGGUGCUCCAUCUCGGUGCGCUUGAUGAGUCGUUGGUACGUCCCCAGGACCUGUACCUCUGCAUUCGACCGGAUCCGGAAGCAGAAGCCACGAGCGAACCCCGCCUCUAUGCGGUUUGGCGUGGCGACCCUCCUUCCAACCCUCCGACGACGUCCACGACCGUCAACGACCCUCCCACUUCUUCCAUUGUGUACCGUCAAUUGGAUCCGGCCAAAGAUCCAAUUACGCCCCUAGCUGUGGAGAUGCUAGCGGAAGACUUGCCCGCCCUGCUGCAGAAUCUACUGGUCGGGAUCGAGCGUGCCAUCUGCCGGGUACCGCUGGAGGAGCUGUCCUUCCCGCCGGCAGCGGCCGAGUGCGGCGCGGACACACCUGACGAGAUCGAUGAUCGACACAACAAUAACACGGACCGGCAGCAGGACAACGGCAAGUACAUCUUGACGACUCCUGGCACGCCAAAGAUCGGCCUCAAGCGCCGCGAACUCAUCACCAAGAACAAACUGGUCAACAACAAGUACGCCGCGCUGAAAAGGAUAACUCCUUCAACGACGGCCACCACUUAUAACAACACCAACGGCAAUAGCUUUAUAAAUCGCAGCAAUGGCGAAAAAAGUGAAAACACUCAGCGAGUCAACGGUAAUCAGUGUAAUGACGGCGGCUUAGCGGCCGGGACGACCGGCGGCCAAAACGACAACGCAGCCAAGGACAGCGGCAUCAGGCUGCACGACACGGGUGGUACGACCUCGGCGGCAGGCGUAGGUGGCACCGGUGGUAACGGAGGAAGCAGCGAUAAUCACCAAUCAGCCGACGCCGCUGCCGCGGACAUCAACUCGAUGCCAUUAUUCUGCCUCGGCGGAUCGUUUCCCCACAUUGACAGUGAUGAGGAGAGCGGCGACGAUAUGAAGAAAUGCGAGACAGCGCCAACCCAUCCCCAUGACAUAGUGGCCCCGAGGUCAAUCCAAGACCUGCCGGAGAAACUCUUAACGUCAGGAAUUUCGAUACCAGGAACGUACGACCGCUCGGGUUCCCCGCUGAUCUACAUCGAGGUCGAGAAGGUGCUCACGUCAGGACUCAACUGUUACGAAAUCGCGACCGUUUUGCUGUAUUACAACACGCUACCUAUCCAAAGUCCAUCGCAGUACUGCAUCCACCUGCUGCUGAGCGACAGUUCACAGCUGGCGUUCAUCGAGACGCUGGACAGUGCCCUGCAACUUCUGAGCGGCCAUCUCGCGUUCGGAUCGAUCUACGUGUCCGGAACGUACGACCCGGCGGACAACAAGCACCCCCCGAAAGAGCUGAUCCGCAACCUAAACGUGCACAUCAAGUAUCUCAACAAUGAGACCGUCAAGAACUUUAUCGGCACGGACAACCUGCCGAUCCGGUGCUGUGGCUUUUACGUGCACGAUCAGCGCGAGUGGAUCGACUUCUUCCGCACGCUGGAACCCCUCCAGGGUCAGUGCAUCGAAACGGGCCGCCGGCUGGUAACGGUGCUGAACGACAUCCGCAACCUGGAGGUCCAGGGAACGCCUCCGACCCGCCGUCAGCUACACUCCCAGCACCGGGCCCUGAGUCGGGCCCUCAUGGACUCGGAGCUGCAGAACCUCCGGCGUAAAGGACCAAAUACCAUACAACGACUUCAGGACAAGCUAACCGUUAUCAACAACAAACAAACGCUUAAACAAACCAAAAAUUUAGUUAGGAACUCUAGUAGUAGUCUCGUAGACAGUAGUAGCAGCGGCAAGCUGGCCACCGCCACCGGCAACGGAACCCAAGAUACCAAGGACCUCAUCAACGCGCGGCUCUCCGAGGUGAUCACCAUCUUCCAGGAGGUCGACCGGGCGGCCCGCAAGCUCGAGCAGCUCACCGAGCAAAGGAGAGAAAGACUAAGGGAAAUGACCCGGCAGCGCGCCCUGGACGACGAGAUCAAUGAGGUCAUCUCAUGGAUCCGGAACGAGGGCAGCAACACGUUGCAGACCUUCAACGAGCCGUCCGCGCUGGAACGUCCGGACCGUAUUCGGGAGCUCAGCCAAGAGUUUGAUAAGUUUUACUACGUCACGAUGCGACACCUCACCAAGGGCAAAGAUCUGUACGAUGCGUCCGCCGAGCUGGAGAUCCUGAAGGAGACGCUGAAGCUGCUCAAGGACUGCACCGAUCAGCAUCGGGAACGGCUCGAGCGAACUCGUGAACGGAUGGAGGGAGCGUUGAGGUUGCACGAGGUGUUGGAGAAACCGGUGGUUGAUCCCGCUGGGCAUGGGGAGUUGAUGAAGUUGGCGGAGUUGGUGGAUGUUCCGGCUUUGGCGGAACAGUGCCGCAAGUUGAUGACGGUCAGUAGUAAUAGUAACAGCGACAACAGAGAUACCAACACUACCAGUACCAGUGAUAACAUCAGCCUAGAUAUAAGUAUGUCGGAUGACACGAUCACGGCAACGAGUACGCCGGAAAAGGUCAAGCCCCAGCAAAUGGUUCCGACGUUGAUCGAGCCGGGAAUGCAGCACCGCUGCAAGUCGGACCACGGUCAUCAUCACCAUCACGAGGACGAGGAAGAGCAGUCCAAGAUGGCCGACUCGGGUCUCGGAGGUUGCGAUCGCUGCGAGGGCAACGAGAAGCUCGAGCGAACCUGCUCGUGUCAGAGCUUGAACGACCCGAAGAAUGCCUGCAACAACGGCGAUGACCUGGACGAGGACUGCUUUGAAGGGAUUUCAAAGCCAAGCCUGGAUCUACAGAUACCGCUGCAAGCCAACGCGCACUUGUACUGUCACGCGUCCAACUUGCAGCUGGACUACGAGGAGAACAACAUCUUCGACCAGAAGACGCAGAAAACGCUUCUAUUGAUCAUGCGCGAGAUGAUUGGAACAGAACGCGACUACGUGCGAUCGCUGCAGUACGUGAUCGAGAACUACACCCAGGAGCUGCUACGCGAAGACAUCCCGCAGGCCUUGCGCGGCCAGCGGAACGUCAUCUUCGGUAACAUCGAGCGGAUAUGCGAGUUCCACCAGCAGCACUUCCUGGUCGAGCUGGAGAGCUGCGAGCACCACCCGAUCAAGGUGGGCAGUGCGUUCCUGCGGCACGAGGCCAAAUUCUACCUGUACGCGUUGUACAACAAGAACAAACCAAAGAGCGACUCGCUGAUGAGCGAAAACGGCACGCAAUUCUUCAAGACCAAGCAGAUGGAACUGAACGACAAGAUGGAUCUGGCGUCGUAUCUCCUCAAACCGGUCCAGCGGAUGGGCAAGUACGCCCUGCUGCUGCAGCAGCUGAUGAAGGCCUGUGCCACGGCUCAGAACAUCGCCAACCCGGAGGUCCUGGAAGACCUGGAACAACUUCAGAAAGCGGAAGAGAUGGUCCGGUUCCAGCUGCGGCACGGUAACGACCUGCUCGCGAUGGACUCCCUGCGCGAUUGCGACGUAAACGUAAAGGAGCAGGGUCGACUUCUACGGCAGAACGAGUUCCUCGUCUGGGAGGGAAAAGCCGGCAAGAAAUCGCUCCGGCAGGUAUUCCUCUUCGAAGAGCUGGUCCUGUUCAGCAAGGCACGACGAUUUCCGGAUCGGAAGAACCUGGACAUUUACAUCUACAAAAACAGCAUUAAAACGGCCGAUAUGGGGCUGACGGCGCACGUCGGCGACUCGCCGUACAAGUUCGAGAUUUGGUUCCGCAAGCGAAAGCCCGGCGACACCUGGACGCUGCAGACGAUGAGCGAGGACAUCAAGAACGCCUGGACGGACGAGAUUUCCAAGCUGCUGUGGAAGCAGGCCAAGCGGAACCGCGAGAUCCGGAUGGCGGAGAUGUCCUCGAUGGGCAUCGGUAGCAAACCAUGUCUGGACAUCCGACCCAGCCAGGACCAGAUCAGUGAUCGGUCGAUCAGUAUUUCGAUGUUUGGCAAGACGCCCAAACUUCGCAACUCCUUCAUCGGUACGCUUCCGUCGGAGUCGAAAAGUUCGAAACGGCCGCAGUCGAUCAUCUCGGUGAGCAGCAGCGGCAGCUCCUCGGGCAGUUCCGUGGCAAGUACGUCCAACGGAAUGAUGACGACGGGCAGUGUCGUGGGAAGCAGUUCGGCCGUGUCGUCCGGGUGUAGCACGAGCAGCAGCAGUAGCAGCAGUACGACGGCCAGCAUCACCACCUGUAAGCGGCUAACGCUCAGCAUCACCGAUCCCAACGCUCCGGCGCCUCUGAAGACCAACUUUAAGAAACAUCAACGCUCGACCACGCUCGUGAGCCAAUGUUCAAUGGAAAGUGGCAUCAUAGCAGAUAUUUCUCUAAGUCCGGACGAGGCCCUGGAGAACCCCCUUUGGCCCCAGCAGCAGCAAAAGUAUCACACCCUGUUGAAAAAGUCCCACAGCGUUGCUUCCACCAGCCAGGAGCACAACCACAAACCAAACAGCACCGAAGACAACACCAACAAACCGAAACCAAUAGAGCUGCAACUGAGCAGCAACAACAACAACCACAAUGCUUCUAGUGCCAGCCUGAGCAGCGGCACCAACACCACGAACGCCUCCUCCUCCGACACCAUUACCGUCCACCUGUGAGAGCGCAGUCGGCCCGAAUCGCCCCGGUUCUUGUUUUUGUACAAAUCCAGAAUACUACAGCUGACUAAAGCUGACUCUUGCACGAAAGUGUGAUUAUAUCUCUAACCUAUCGAAACUGAAAUGCUUUUAUGCACAUGGCAGUUUAUCAAUUCAUCUGAUACGAUUGUGUGUGUGUAUUGUGAGUGUACCUUUUUGCAGUUUAGAGAUAAGAAGAAGAAUAAAACUAGCUAAAUGAUCAGUUCUUUGAUUGGAUCCGCCCGAGCGCGACACUCGUCUUAUUUAUAUGACUAAAGAAAUCUAUUAAAUUAUCCACUGAUGUCGGCCAAGCUCGACAAAGAGGUCACCAAAAUAAUCGUUGCGAAAAUAUAUAUUAGCAAGUUCAGAAAUAACACGUUAGAGAGACUAUAUAGAGAGAAACUAAAGCUAGCGCUAACAUAUUCAGCAGUUUAGGUUAGUCCCUGCGAGCAAGCCAUUAUUUUGAACCAUUGUCCUUAUAAAAACAAACAAAACGUUUCGUAAAGCUUUCGUCUCUACCCGUGCGUAGGAAAAGAAUACGCUAAGCUUUAAACUUUAAGGCAGUUUACGACAGUAUGAUUUUUUUAGAGAAGAUAACUGCAAGUAUUCCUUACUGAGAGUAUAUUAUUGUCAAGGUAUUGUAAUCGUACGUGUCUUUUACUCUUUUGCUUGAAUAUUUAAGUGAUAAUUUAUGAACAACCAGAACUAAAACAACAUUGUUAAGCUAGGAUUAUGGCGUCUCGACAUGAAUCUCCAAAAAACAUUACCGAUUGAAGUUUUGUGUUUCAAUAUAAUUUUUUCGUUUUAAAUUCCUCUUGCUAUUGUUAGUUUAAACCUGUAUUUGUAUAUUUUUUUCCCUUAUCUAUCCUGCAUGUAUAUUUAAAUUUAAAAUAUAGAUGUAUCCACAUAAAGCUAUUAAAACAUUUUAUUUACUACUAAUACAA